UUGGCUGUCGCAACGUUGUCAUCAUGAUUAUUUUACACGAGCCUUUUCGUUUGAUUCUCUUUUGAUGUUUCAAUUUUCUUUCCUCUGCGAUCUCUAUCUUCUUCGUAUCGGUGAGCUCUAAUGGCGUCUUCAAGUUCUGGCAAUUCCAUACCUGCUCCUGAGGCAGUUCAAGUUCUUGUCUCUUCGCUGGCGGAUGACUCUCCCAUCGUCAGAGAAGCAUCGGCUGCUACUCUCAAAGACAUUGCUUCCCUGAACCCACUUCUGGUUCUUGAUUGUUGCUCAACUGUGUCACGUGGUGGCCGAAGGAGAUUUGGGAACAUGGCUGGAUUAUUUCAAGUUAUGUCUGUGGCAAUUCGAGCAUUGGAUAAAGAUGAUGUUGAUCCUCAAUAUAUGGCAAAGCUUGCCAAAAUAGCUGCUGCUGAGAUCAUCUCAACCAAGGAACUUAAUGCUGAUUGGCAAAGGGCUGCAUCCAGUGUACUUGUUGCAUUGGGUUUACAUUUGCCUGACCUUAUGAUGGAGGAAAUAUUUCUUCAUCUCUCUGGAUCAAAUUCAGCACUCCCUGCGAUGGUUCAAAUACUUUCAGAUUUUGCUUCAUCCGACGCUUUGCAGUUCACUCCACGUCUCAAAGGUGUACUUACAAGAGUUUUACCGAUUCUUGGGAGUGUUAAGGACAUCCAUAGACCGGUCUUUGCAAAUGCAUUCAAGUCCUGGUGUCAGGCCUGUUGGCAAUACGGUGUUGAUUACCCACUGACUACAGCUAUUGAUGGUGAUGUCAUGUCUUUUCUAAACUCUGCAUUUGAGCUUCUAUUGAGAGUUUGGGCAACUUCACGAGAUCUCAAGGUCCGGAUAUCUACCGUUGAGGCUUUAGGCCAGAUGGUUGGUCUCGUAACCAGGACUCAAUUGAAGUCGGCUUUACCAAGACUUGUGCCCACUAUUUUGGAAUUGUAUAAGAAAGAUCAAGAUGUUGCCUUUGUGGCUACAUGUAGUCUACACAAUCUCUUGAAUGCUUCCUUACUUUCGGAAAGUGGUCCACCUUUGCUCGACUUUGAGGACCUUACAGUCAUAUUAUCAACACUUCUUCCGGUGGUUUGCAUCCAUAAUGAUAACAAACAGCAUUCAGAUUUUUCAGUAGGACUGAAGACCUACAAUGAAGUUCAACAUUGCUUUCUCACAGUUGGUCAGGUUUACCCGGAAGAUUUGUUUGCGUUCCUUCUCUAUAAAUGCAGGUUAAAAGAAGAACCUAUAACUUUUGGUGCACUUUCUGUCCUAAAGCAUCUUUUACCUAGAUUGUCUGAAGCUUGGCAUGCGAAAAGGCCGUUGCUAAUUGAAGCAGUGAAAAAUUUGUUAGAUGAGAGUAAUUUGGCUGUUCGCAAGGCACUUUCUGAGUUAAUCGUUGUUAUGGCUUCCCACUGUUACUUGGUUGGUUCACCGGGAGAGUUAUUUGUAGAGUACUUGGUACGUAACUGUGCAAUGACAGAUAUGGAUAGGACAGACAUUGAGAGUUCGAAGGAAUAUAUUAGGCCGACCGGCUCCUACAAUCCUUUCUUGCACAGGAAAUCAGAGGUAAAAAUUGGGGGUGUAUGUCCAACAGAAUUACGUGACAUCUGUGAAAAAGGUCUUCUUUUAAUAACCGUCACUAUUCCUGAAAUGGAGCAUGUGCUCUGGCCAUUUUUGUUGAAAAUGAUCGUACCACGAAUUUACACUGGUGCAGUUGCAACGGUUUGCAGAUGCAUCUCAGAAUUAUGCAGACAUAAACAUGCACAAAGUGAUAUGAUUCUUUCUGAUUGUAAAGCCCGUAACGACAUUCCUAAUCCUGAGGAUCUUUUUGCACGUCUUGUGGUGCUUCUCCACAAUCCACUUGCAAGGGAGCAGCUGGUGACUCAAAUUUUAACUGUCUUGUCUCACUUAGCUUCUCUAUUUCCCAAGAAUAUCAUCUUAUUUUGGCAAGAUGAGAUUCCAAAAAUGAAAGCUUAUGUCAGUGAUCCGGAAGACCUAAAGCAAGAUCCGUCGUAUCAAGAGACUUGGGAUGACAUGAUUAUUAAUUUUGUUGCAGAAUCAUUGGAUGUGAUACAGGAUGUUGAUUGGGUGAUUUCUCUAGGAAAUUCUUUUGCUAAACAAUACGAACUUUAUUCGUCUGAUGACGAGCAUUCUGCACUGCUUCACAGGUGCCUUGGCAUUUUGCUUCAGAAAGUACACGACCGAAGCUAUGUCCGUGCUAAGAUUGAUUGGAUGUACAUGCAAGCUAACAUUGCUUUGCCAGUGAAUAGGCUUGGUUUGGCAAAGGCCAUUGGAUUGGUUGCUGCAUCCCACUUGGAUACAGUUCUGGAUAAGCUAAAAGACAUACUUGAUAAUGUCGGUGAUAGCAUCUUCAAAAGGAUUCUGUCAAUUUUUUCUGAUAGAGCUAAAAUGGAAGAAUCUGAUGAUGUUCAUGCUGCUUUGGCUCUAAUGUAUGGUUAUGCUGCAAAAUAUGCUCCAUCAACAGUUAUUGAAGCCAGAAUUGAUGCACUUGUGGGAACUAAUAUGCUUUCACGGCUUCUUAAUGUACGACAUCCUACAGCAAAGCAGGCGGUUAUCACUGCUAUUGAUUUACUAGGUCAGGCUGUAAUUGGUGCGGCUGAAAGUGGCACAUCAUUUCCAUUGAAAAGGAGAGAUAUGCUUCUUGACUACAUAUUGACUUUAAUGGGCCGAGAUGAUGAAGAUGGAUUUUCUGAGUCUAAUCUGGAGCUCCUUCAUACUCAGUGCCUUGCUUUAAGUGCUUGUACUACUUUGGUUUCUGUGGAGCCAAAGUUGACUACUGAAACGAGGAACCUUGUUCUGAAGGCGACUUUAGGAUUUUUUGGUUUACCAAAUGAUCCUCCUGAUGUUAUGAAUGGUCUUAUCCACAAUCUUAUUACUCUUCUCUGUGCAAUCCUUGUUACAAGUGGAGAGGAUGGAAGAAGUCGAGCAGAGCAGCUACUGCAUAUCUUGAGACAGAUAGAUCCAUAUGUUUCUUCCUCGGUUGAAUAUCAGAGGAAAAGAGGUUGCCUUGCUGCUUACGAGAUGCUUCAUAAGUUUCGGACUAUAUGUGUUAGUGGAUACUGCUCGCUUGGCUGCCAAGGAAGUUGUACUCACAACAAACAAAUUGACCGUGCUUCAAAUUGCAAUUUUUCCAAUUUACCAUCUGCAUUUGUAUCCCCAAGUCGUGAUGCUUUGUGCUUAGGGGAGAGGAUCAUGGCAUAUCUUCCACGAUGUGCAGAUACAAAUCCGGAAGUUAGAAAAACCUCUGCUCAGAUUCUUGAUUUAUUUUUCAGCAUAUCUCUUUCAUUACCAAGGUCAGCAAACUCGAGCUCUGGACUCGAUAUUGAAUUGUGUUACGGUGCUUUAUCAGCACUUGAGGAUGUUAUUGCUAUCUUGCGAAGUGAUGCAUCACUUGAUCCAUCAGAGGUAUUCAACAGGAUUGUUUCCUCAGUUUGCAUAUUGUUCACUAAGAAUGAGCUUGUUUCUGCUCUACAUGUUUGCUCAACAGCCAUAUGUGACAAGAUCAGGCAGUCUGCUGAAGGUUCAAUUCAAGCUGUGACUGAGUUCAUUACUAAGAGGGGUAGGGAGCUGAAUGAGGCAGAUAUCUCAAGGACGACACAGUCCUUGCUUUCUGCAGCAGUUCAUGUAACUGAGAAGUACCUACGUCAAGAAACACUGAGUGCUAUCUCUUCUCUUGCUGAGAACACCAGCUCCAGAACUGUUUUUGAUGAAGUGUUGACUGCUGCUGAGAGAGAUAUAUCCACAAAAGAUGUAUCAAGAUUACGUGGUGGCUGGCCAAUACAAGAAGCAUUUCAUGCAUUUUCCCAGCAUGCAGUUCUUUCUUAUUCAUUCCUGGAGCAUGUGAUUUCUAUCCUGAAUCAGACGCCUAUCUUUCAAGGUGAUUAUGGUAAGGGGGAGAACUCCAGCAAUUCUGGGGAGAGCCAUGUAGAAGAUAAUAUGUUGAAUGCUGCUGUCACAGCUCUUACUGCCGUCUUCAGAGGCGGUGGUAAAGUUGGAAAAAGGGCUGUGGAGCAAAAAUAUGGUUCUGUCCUUGCAACUCUUGUGCUUCACUUGGGAACUUGUCAUAGAUUCGCUCUACUGGUUGCAUUUAAUGCAUUCUGUGAAUGUGUUGGUGAUCUGGAGAUGGGAAAGAUUCUGGCUAGAGACAGAGAACAAAGUGAAGAGGAUGCAUGGAUUGGUCUGAUUGGGGACCUGGCUAUGUGCAUUUCCAUAAAAAGGCCAAAGGAGGUGCCUAUGAUUUGUUUGAUUCUUUGUAAAUCAUUGGAUCGACCCACAAGACAUCUGAGGGAAGCUGCAGCUGCUGUGUUGUCAGAGUUUGUGCGGUUUAGUGAUAGUUUUGGUUCUUUGUUGGAGCAGAUGGUUGAAGGAUUAUGUCGGCAUGUUUCUGAUGAUUCUCCAACUGUUAGGCGCCUUUGUUUAAGAGGACUUGUGCAGAUGCCACCAGUCCAUGUUCUCCAGUAUACAACUCAAAUUCUCAGUGUUAUAGUUGCUUUGCUCGACGAUCCAGAUGAAUCAGUUCAACUUACUGCUGUCUCGUGUUUGCUGACGGUUCUUGCAUCCGCUUCCACUGCUGCUGUAGAACCCAUUUUGCUUAACCUCUCAGUUCGGCUUCGUAAUCUGCAAAUAUGCAUGAACACAAAAAUUCGGGCCAAUGCAUUUGCAGCAUUUGGAGCACUAAGCAGCUAUGGUUUUGGGCCACAACGGGAUUCAUUUCUUGAGCAGGUGCAUGUUGCCUUUCCACGACUAGUAUUACAUCUUCAUGAUGAUGAUCCAGGUGUACGACGGGCUUGCCGGAAUGCUUUCAAAUGCAUUGCUCCUUUGUUGGAAGUUGAUGGUAUGGUUGCUCUUGCCAACACACAUAGGUUUAGUUCUGAUCACAGAGGUGACUAUGAAGACUUUCUCAGAGACAUUGCAAGGUUAUUCACUCAGCACAUGUCUUCCAGGGUUGAUACAUACAUGGCAUCCAUAAUACAGGCUUUUGAGGCUCCUUGGCCAGUAAUUCAAGCAAAUGCCAUUUAUUUGUGUAGCAGUGUUAUAUCCUUUUCAAGUGAUCAGCAUAUCUCUGCCUUCUACCACAGCCAGGUUUUUGGAAUGUUGAUUGGAAAGAUAAGUCGCUCAUCAGAUGCAAUUGUAAGAGCAACGGGUUCGUUGGCCCUUGGUUUGCUACUUAAGUCGCCCAAUUCAAGUUCCUGGAAAGUAGCUCGGCUGGAACCCACAGACUCGAUUCUGACAGGACGUGAAAUGGAAUCUUCUAGGAGGUCAUGAUGUAUUGAUACAAGAUGCUGUGAUAUUUUACCAAUUUGCCAUUUCAACACAUGCUGGGAGCUGCACUGCUCCAGUAAUGAAGAUGGUUCUCAGACUUACCAUCUUGGCCUCAGUAUGUGUAGAUGACCGAUAAUCUUUUCUUGCUGUGUAUAUGCAUGUAUCAUGUUGUAUAUUUAUAUGGUGUAAAGCAGUUGGGACAAAGGAAAUUAUGGCCUUGUAAAAUUGGCUGCAAGCAGGUAAUGUAUAUUAGUUGCUUCUUCCACUAUUAUGUGUGAGCUCGUGAGCUAUGGACAUCCGCGCUGUAUAUUAUAGAAAAGCUUUGUUGUACAUCUUACUGAUAAUGAGCUUUAUCAUUUAUGGAACCACUGGAA